UAAAUGACCCAGUUAAUGACUUAGUUAACGAUCUAGUUAAUGACCCAAUUAAUGACCUAGUUAAUGACCUAGUUAACGAUCUAGUUAACAACUCAGUUAAUGACCCUUUUAACAACCCAGUUAACGACUCAGUUAACGACCUGUUAACAUACCUGUUAAC